AGUUUAUAACAACACAUUUUCCCUUCGAUUCACUGCUCUCCCCUGGAACCGUUUGAAGGGCCCCUGAUAGAACCCCCCCCCUCGCACUUUGAAAACCUCUUUGCUGCAUGUUCCAUGUACAACUAGACAAGCUGUCAAGACACUCACAUAACGGCAUAUAGCCGUGAGGCCUGAUUAUGAACUUCAUGUGUGGCGCACGCAACCACAGAGAGGACUGAAACGCGUUGCCGUUAGUCACGUUUCCUCGUGCAGGCUGCAGGCCUCACUCGCACACGUGGUGGCAUUUUAGAUACACAAGUACUGUGCGUCCAUAGAUAUACACAUUCAUCAUUUGCAUGUCAGACAUGCAGCACUGUGGCAGAAUAGUCUCGUGUGAUAAGCAUGUUUGUUUUUAAGUCAAUUAUGUAUUUCUUUAAAUAAGCAAUGACUGCAUGUAUGUCUGUCAGGCAUUAUUAGAAAACAUAACCAGUAGGCAUAUGAAAAGGAGAUUAGCUGAUUUCUCAUCCUGAUCAUCUCAUCCCCUUCAGCACCAAAUAAAAAGUUUGACUAAAUUUAAGAUGAGAAGGCAGGAGAUAGUGAGUCUGCGCUGCUGUCUUGUGGAGAUUGCAAACCAUAAAUUAACUACACUGUUAAUUGAUAAUGGAAAAAUGGCACAACCUAAUUCCCAAAUGUUUAACUCCUCACACUUUUUGGUGAAUAUAGUUGCAAUAACUUUCCGCUCAAACUAAAGUAUCAUGGUUAUAUCUUUUGAUUCCGGCAUUGUGCCACAUAAAGAAGGCAAAUGACAAAUCAAAAGCAAACAUCACAAUGAGACAGAAUAUCAGUGCCGAUGAUUAUGGACAGCCAUGAUUUCCUGGUGGGGAGAGAGAGAGAGAGAGAGAGGAGGGCCGAGCACGGCCUCGGUGACAUCUCCAAACAUGUCAGCACAGCACAUUGGACGGCACAGCCCUGCCCUCAGAACCAAACCUCAAGAUCACCAAAGGGCAGAGCUGUGUUCUCUCUGCGCCAAGCAACCUGUUGUCCUUCAGCAAAGAAGAGUCCUCGCUCGGCCGCUCGCAGCCAUCCUCUCCAAAGGAUCUCUUUGCGUCUUCUCGUCUGAUACUCAAUAUUUUGGAUUUUAGGCUUUCCUCCGCCCCGCCAUGACCAUCUCAGCCUUCUCCAACCAUGGGUUUUUUCGCUCCGUCAACGUCCUGCUUCAGAUUUUGAUCGGUUUGAGCCUGAGCAGCCCCAUCAGGUCCCCCGAGAACCAUCACAGGGUGUCAGUCGCUGUGGGUGAAAAUCCGCUACUUGAUGCGCAGGACUUUCUGAGCCAGUUUCUGUCCACAGUGAACCAGACAAGGCUGAGGCCCCGGACCAAGCCUCUCGCCGCUCCUAAGGAGCCACCAGAGUACAUGCUGGAGCUCUACGACCGAUUUGCCUCUGACCCCACCGCCGUGCCCUCGGCCAACGUGGUGCGCAGUUUCAAAAAUGAAGAAUCCUCCCCCGGCAGUGUAACGGCCAGGGGCGUAAGGAUAUUCCCCCUGCUCUUCAACCUCUCAAUAAGCCACGACGAGCACAUAACCAUAGCUGAGCUUCGCCUCUUCACCCUGUUCCAGAAGGCCCAAAGGCCACAUGCUGGCAUUGACUGCAAGGUGACCAUCUACAAAAUACUCAAGGACGUCGUUUGGACUAAAGAGGUGGGGAACGAAGGGAGACGGAGGGAUAAAGAGGAGGUGGUGGAGAUGGAGGAUUGGGAGGAACUGGUGACAAAGUAUAUCCGUGCCAAAGAUAACAGCUGGGUGUCGUUUGAUCUGACUCAUGUGGCUGCACUCUGGCGGAAGUCAGGGAGUGCGACUCACCGACUCGAGGUUCACGUUGCAAGUCUGGGGUCAGAAGAGGAAGGGGCCAAACAAAGGGUCACAGAGCAGGCCGAGACGUUGGCUGAGCUCGAUGUCGACAGGAGCCUGGAGGGGAGACACAACGCGGUGAUCAUCGUGUUCUCGGAUGAUCAGAGUAGAGACCACAAACGGGACAAACAGGAGCUCAACCACAUGAUUACGCACGAGAAUGACCUUCCUGGAAACGCGGCCCGGAGCCAACAAGCUUUCUGGGGGCACCUCAAUCACAACGCCGGCCGCGGCUACCAUGACGACUGGGACAAACAGUCUCUCGUGCAACUGCAGUCCAACCUUAUCUACGACACACCUCCCCGAAUCCGUCGCAAUGUUAAGAGCGAGUCGUGCAAGAGGACCCCGCUCUUUGUGGAUUUUAGAGAGAUCGGCUGGGAUAGUUGGAUCAUCCAACCUGUGGGCUACGAGGCGUAUGAGUGCAACGGCGUGUGCAACCCACCAAUGACCUCCGAGGUCUCGCCUACCAAACACGCCAUAGUGCAGACGCUGCUGAGCAAUAAGAGUCCGGAAAAAGUGUCACGGGCCUGCUGUGUGCCCACCAAGUUGGAGCCUAUCUCACUCCUUUAUCAUGAAAACGGGGUGAUCACGUUCAACCACAAGUAUGAGGGGAUGGUGGUGGCGGAGUGCGGCUGUAGAUGAGAACUAUUACGCAGAGAUAGAGACUGUGCACCCAUCGUUUCAAUCGUCAUCUCCGAAACACUGCGAUCUAUCUAGCUAUCUUCUAUCUUAUCAUGUGCUUGUUUCCGCAGCACGGUGUUGUAUAAAAAACACGAGUCUAGAGUAGUUUUUAAUUAGAAAUCUGUGCUACAGGAUGUACAUUUGUAAUUGUAUAAAGGUAAAUCGUUUUAUGUUGUAUUAGUGUAGAAUAUAAAGCCGUUUGUCAUGAUUUAUUGUAUUUAUUAGCAAUUAUUUUGUAUUUUAGGAUGCUUUUUUUUAAUAAGUUCUACAAUUCAUUGUCAAUCACAGGCCAUAUUCUUGCACAUAUUCUUGCAGAUGUGGCUUCAGUUCUGUAUGACAUAGUGAAAAAAAAGAAAGAUUAAAUUUAAACAUUCUGCUAAAGAUUUCUCUGCAACUUGUUUCUGAUGAAAUGAGCUUAUUGUCAUUUGCGACGAGUCAAAGGGUUCAGUACUGCAGCACUUACAACAGUAAAAGUACUUAAUUUGAACAUGUGUGUGAGAGAUCUAAGCACAAAAGAUGUACCCUCAGUGCCCAGUUUCAAUCUGACAAAAGUGAAGUUUUCUCACAUCAUUCAAAAAUCCAAAUGCAUCAUCGCUGACUUUUUAUCACAAACCUUUGUCAAACAUUCUUUUUUCAGCUUAUUCAAAAAGAAUAGAAAAAUCAACAAGAUUGAAAUGAUUUGCACUACUUAUAGAAUGCUUUUUUUUCAAAGGAAAAUUCUCUUAAAUUGUAAUUGAAUGACAUGCUUGCCAACACGAUUCAUAGUUGAAUACACUUGCUGCAGAUUUGUAAAUUAUAUCUUUGAGCCCUGUCAUAUGUUGGAGCCUUUGAAAUGACUUAUAGCAUGACACGCAUUUCCUCAUUUCUGCUUGCCAAACUUGAAAAGAAAAUGUAUUUUCCUCUGUCUUUUCACCGGGAGAGGAUUUUCACAGUAUCACUGAGCUCUCCCAGGCUGCUUGUCUGAACAAUUUCUCGCACCAAACAUCUCUGUCAAGCGCUGUGAAAUCUUUCCUCACACCCAAGCCGUUCGUAGGCCGCUUUUUGGUUCUCGCACCAAUAUUAAUGUUACCAUGCUUGUAAAAAUAAAAUACCUGACGUCUAAAAUA